AUGUCGCCAUCCUCGCCUACAAACCAGCUCUCACCUACGUUGACCGCGCCGCAAGCUACCCCAGCACAUGAUCCCGGGGCACCACAACUAUUCUCUUCAGACAUAGCUGCCAUUCUGGCUGGAGCAGGACGCCUGGAAAGUAUCCUGACUUCGCUUCAAGAGGAGUGCGCACACCUACGGGUGAAAUGCGGAGCACUUGAGACGGAACGGACCGCACUGAUAGCGCGAAGCAUCGAGUACCCUCGACUGCGGGCCGAAUUCGAUACUCUGCAAGAGUGGGCAGAAAACCUUCAAGAUGGGCUUGAGGUGCUCGUUGAGGCGAAACGCGGGGCGGAGCGGGAGCGCGAUGCGAUGAAGGAGGACCGGGAUGCGUUGAGGAGAGAGCGCAACGACCUGUUACGCUCUGAGAAGCGUCUGAUUUUGGAACGCGAUAGUCUAGCUGCAGAAGGAGAAGCUCUACAGCUGAAGCGGGAAGAUCUGCGCGCGGAGAGGAAUGCGCUGAUGACUCGGCACGACAUAUUGGAGGCCCAAUACAAGAAUAUCUGCGAGGAACGCAACGUGGUCAUUGUGGAACGAAAUGAUGCUCUAGUCGAGCUCAAGGACUUGAAGGAGAGGCAUUCAGAACUCGGUCUCCGACACAGCGCAUCGAUUCGCGAAUACGACGCGUUUUUGUUCGAAGCCAACGCCUUGGAAGAACAGCGAGAUGCAAUGGUGAAGGAAUGCAACAUGCUUCGUCAACAACGCAAGGCAGCCCAGGAUGGCCUACAGAUGCUCAAUAGUGCACUGCGCAGCCAAGACAAUCAUUAG